GCGUGAGAUCCAACCGACGAUAGGAAUUUAAUCAAAUAAAAAAGACAUAUUACUUACCUAAUGGGCAAUCAUCCCCUGGAAUUUUGCAAUCCGGACAACUCGCAUCGAAGGGCAUUCUGCAUAUGCCGCAAUUGUCAUCGUUCGCUAUCCAGCGCCAGGUGGCAACACCGGUCCAACCUAUAAAACAUGUUUCGGUUAGUUACAUAUUUCCAAUAAAAUAUAGGCGUGUAAGCAUGAGGGAGAUUAAUUUAUUGCUAAUCACAAGUCAUUGUGAUUGAAGUCAUUUUCUUUCUUCGAAUUAUCAAACGAAAACAGCUAAUAUAAACAAACAGUAAUACCGUUUGGUAUACUUACUUUUUAUCGUAACUUUCAUGUUGUAUUUGUUCUUCACGUAGUAGUAUAUUGUACACGGUAUUAAACGACAGUACUACUCGAUAAAUUUAAGAUAAUCGUGUGCGAAUUGUUAGAAUAAAAAUACUUUGGAGUUGAGAGAAACAACGAGAGAGAUCCGAACGUCGAAAUAAAUCUGAUGCGUACUGCGCCUUUGGCGCCAUCUUAAACUAUUCAAAUUGGUAAGUAACCGUUAGUCCAAUGUAUUCUUUUCUCUUACAUAAUCGUGAAGGUAAUCACAUCGCCAUUAGUAUUGCCGAUAAUUAAUCCUCUACGAAUCGUAAUUAAACGUUUCUUCAACGAUGUUAGAGUAUUAUUCGAACAUAUUUCAACGAACGUCAAACUAAAACAAUUUGAACUUGACACGACAUCUGCGGCGACGUUCAAGUUACAGCUACGAAAUACCGCCAUCAGACGACGCCACGGUUCCCUUCGAAGGAGCAGUUUCAUUCAAAUUGGAAAUUUCGAAGAGAACGAAGCUACUCAUUUGUGUAUCUGACUCAUUGUAAGUGACUAAUAACCAAAUGAAUGAAUGUUUAAAUAUUCAUGAAGCCGAAGACCGGUGUCGAGAAACAAUCUACAGGAUGGUCAGCAGAUGUCCUUGAAUUCGGAAACAUAGGUUUGAUACUAUACCUUCCAAAACGAUAUUACUUAUUACGACUAGGUUCUCGCCACUUUUACUUGCUCGCCAAACUUAUUAUGUAUUAAUAUUAAUUCGAACAUACAAUUCGAUACAAACAAUCUAAUUCCUUCGAUCGAACUAAAAUCUUGAAUCGAAGGUCAUCCGAAUCUCUUAUUCGACUCCUCGACCCUCGUACGAAUAACAAAAAUCUUUCAAUUCCCUGCGAUUGUGUUUCAAUUCGAUUCUAUUUGUUACCGAAUAAAACGCAAUCGGUCGAAGUGAUGCGUAAAAUGGGGUCGGCGUGUUUGUCCCGCGACCAUUUUCGAGUAUCGUACGAGAGUGAAAGGUGCGUCAAUUAUUCAAUCGAAUUAAAAACAUAAAUCGAUUAAUGCGCAUCCCUGGUACCUCUGGAAAAUUCUGGAACGCAAAAAGAUCGCGCGCGCGCGCGCGUACAGGCUUAACGUCGUUGCGUCGUUCACAAGAAAACCCGCCUUCUGAUUGCGUCGUGCCGACUACGAUGUUACGGAGGCGAGCUCAAUGGAAACGGUCCUAGUGGCGGCGCGCCGCUAGGUGAGUUACGGCGGUUGUGAUACAUUUUAUGGUGCGGAAAUGUGAUAGUUUCGCGUCCCGAGCGAGGAAAUCAACGUUGUCUAGGAUGCGACGUUAGUCGACCAAGGGGAAACCGAACGGAUCGCGGUUCUUCGCCGAGGGUUUCUGUCAAGAUUAACAGAACGCAGGAUGACACUCGUGGCUUGAGAGACGGUGCUCGAUCUCGUGCGUGGUAGCCUGCCGUUCGCGACAUGGCGGGUUUUCGGGACGAGGAUAAGGCGCUCUUUCCAAUACGGAGUAUCUCGUCCAUCGUGCAGAUCUUCCAGAACCAGCUGGAAAAUAGCUCGGAGCCGGACCUGGCGUUGCUCUCGAUUCUCGUCGGCGCAGUCGAGAAUUCCCUAACCUGCAACCGUACGUUCGCGUCGCAGGAGACCACUGUUUACGACGAGCCGAAGCUGCCGGCGGUGGAGUUCCACAUCGCCGAGGCGCUUUACACCAAGUUCCAUGCUGUGAUCAAAGGGGCGGUCGACCUCACGGUCUACGACACCAAAUACGCGACCCGGGAGCUCGUCAAAAAGGUCUCCGACGUGAUAUGGAACUCCUUAACCAGGAGCUACUACAAGGACCGCGCGCAUCUGCAAAGUCUAUACAGCUACCUCACAGCGAACAAGCUGGACUGUUUUGGAGUGGCAUUCGCGGUGGUAGCGGGCUGUCAAGUCUUGGGCUUCAAAGAUGUACAUCUUGCCAUGUCCGAAGACCAUGCCUGGGUGGUCUACGGGGAGAAUGGGACUGAGACGGCUGAAGUAACUUGGCAUGGGAAAGGAAAUGAGGACAAAAGAGGUCAGCCAGUGGAGCCUGGGGUAGCCUCUAGGUCGUGGUUGUACGUAAAUGGCCAGGCUGUGGUAUGCUCGAGGGCAAUGGAGGUAGCCACUAUAGUCUCGGCUAUAAAUCCUAGUUUGAGCGCAACAGCGGAUGCAGCGGAAGUGGCACUGCUGCAACAGGAGCUGCUGUGGUUGCUGUAUGAUCUGGGUCAUCUAGCAAAGUAUCCUAUGGCUCUGGGGAACCUAGGGGAUUUGGAAGAAGCGGCGUCGACGCCCGGCAGACCGCCCGCCAUAGACCUCUUUCAGGAAGCCAUACGGUCCGCGAGAAAGUAUUAUGGAAAUGCUCAUGUGUAUCCGUACACCUAUCAAGGUGGCUAUUUGUACAGACACGGUCUACAUGCGAAUGCUCUAGCGUCGUGGGCGGAUGCAGCAGAUGUUCUGAGGAAGUACGAUUACUCGAGGGAUGACGGGGAAAUUUAUAAGGAGCUGCUGGAAAUAGCGAACGAGUUGAUUCCGCACACGGUGCGAGCGGACGAGCGUCUGCUGCGGCAACCACGAUGCUUUGCCUAUCUGCUGAGGUUUUACGACGGCAUCUGCCAGUGGGAGGAGGGCGCAAACACGCCAGUUCUGCACAUCGGCUGGGCCCGGCCUCUGGUCAACACGAUCUCCAAGUUCGACGCCGGCAUCCGGGCCCAGGUGAUCAUCGACUGCUACGACGCGGAGGCCAAGCAAGAAGAAGAGCGGGCGCAGAAGCGCGAGACCAGCCCGGAGGAGACGUUGAACAACAACAACAACAAUUACUGCAAAACGAAGGAGAGAGGCAACGCGGCACGCGACCUCAUCAAGUCCUUGGAGUCCAAGGUGCCAUCGAACCCGGCUCCGAUGCAUCCCAGUAUUCAAGCUUUAACGGCGGCCUGCAGCGAGAAAAUACUUAACAGAGAUUACCUCUUGCAAGGCGGCGGGGAGCCGUUCGUCGCCCCACCGGACGACGCUCUUCCACCCGCGCCUUCCACAUCUCAGGAGAACCUCGACCCAGAGGUAGAGACUGACUCGGAGAACGAGAAGCCGAGGAUAACGUUGUACAGUCAGAAGAUGAAGGGUCUGAAGGACCUGCUGUUGGCCGAGAAGUUGAACACUCACGCGAUCUCGUUGCAGCUAACCGCACAGAGUCAGGUACAAAUCGGUAAAAAGUCGCGGGGCACCGACGAGGUCGGAGUCAAUCAACGCCCCAAAAGGACGCGUCGAGAAUAGUAUAAGUUCGUCGACCGCCGUUUCGGCAUCGUAAAGUAUUGACACAGUGCCACUAGAUUCGUUUCUGUCGUUUGAGAAUGAUAUCGGUGGCGCGAGCACAGGCGCGUACGGAGGUCGAUAGUGACACCUCCGUAGCGUAUCGUUAGAAUCUCAGUCUUCGCUCACGGUUUCGUUUUUUGUUUCCGAUUGAGUUUCCCGAUGCCGAGGGUCACUCCGCGGCCUUGAACAAGCCAGGGGUCCCCGGUCAAUGGUGAUAAAUUUUGUGCCGUUUCGUUCGAGCGCUGUUCAACUCGCGACGAUCCGAUCGGGAUUCGAAUCUGGAUCGGAACGCCGCGAUCGCAGGCUGUUCGAGGUCCUGCAGUACGCACCCGUGCGUCACGUAAAGGACGUAGGUAAGGUAGACACGAGCGAGUUUGUAGAAGAGUACAAAAGAAAAAAAAAACAAAAGUUGACUCGAUUUUUAAGUUAGAUAUCGGGGUAUCGUGAGUGCUGUUGCGUUUCGUAUUUUUCACGUUGGGAAUCUAUUUCGCGUGUAGAAUUGUCUUCUUUCUUCCACAGUGUUUGAAAAGCUGUGAACUGAACAAAGGUUGGGGGGGUGGGCGGGGGUGUGUUUGUGUGUGUGAAGGAAAAACAAAAAUAUAUAUAUAUAUAUAUAUAGAAAGAGAGAGAGAAAGAGCGAGAUGAUUGAUCGAACAAUUAUAUAGCGGGUAAUCUUUGCGGAGAUGCCAGAUUUCUCAGCACAGUUAUUUAUUACUGCGAGUACCGACGAUCAUCGACCAAGUCGAUCAAUAUCGAUCGCGUCCUUUUGUCCUAUUUUUAAUCUCUUGUUGCACUCUUAUUUAUUGAAUCACGUGUUUUAUUUUUUCUUUUAUUAUUAUUAUUAUUAAUAAUAUUAUUAUUUUUUUAAUUAUUGAGCUCUGUCGCACUACGAGUAAUCAACGUGUAAAAAGAUUUAGACGAAGUUGUCGUUGAUGUUUUUUACACAGGUAGUUGAAACAGUUUUGUUAGAAUUACGCUUUUUACGAUCUAGUAUAAUAGAGAUGACCACACAUUCCGCUCCGUAAUGUGGUGCAAAUUAAUUAAGUUUUUUACCUAAGGUAUUUUAAGCAUAAAAUGCUCGCUUAUUUUUGUAACUAUUUAUUUUCAGAGUAAUUAUAAGUGUCUAUUUCUAGAAUUCAUUUUUUCGCUACUUUUACAGAUAGAUCGGAACGAAAACGAAAAGCGUAGACAGUCCACCAAAAGCUAGUUAGACACGGUCAUUAACGUUGUUUCGAAUGCGUCGACCCAUUAACCAGCUAGUCCUAGAGGGCCUACGUAUGGGGGAUUAACAAAUAAACGUUAACAAUCGUCGUGGACAGGAGGGACCAUCCGUGAGAACAAUCUCGUGCACGAAUCUUGGAAACACGUCGGGCGAUCUGCGGAGCUAAACGAUUCAUCAACCGGUUCGUCUUUUAUAUUAAUUAUUUCAAAAUGCGUUCCGUCAACGAACGAAGCGAUUCGCCGUUGUACUUAAUCGAAAUUUUCUUUUUUAAUCAACGUCAGCCCUCCUGUCCGCGCCUCGUCUAAAACCUGGUCUAUCGAAGGUUGUGUCGUUUCAAAGACUUCAGUUCCUCCCUUAAAUUCACGUUAAUUAGCAUUGAACUCACGCGAGAGGAAGAAAAAGAUUUCGCGAUCGGUUUAUGUCAGAUAUUUAUUACCCACGUUUCUGGUCGUUCUCCUCGAAAGGGGGAAACAGAAAGAAAGAAAGAAAGAAAGAGAUAGAUAGGGUGAGGGAAGGAGAGACGACUUCGUUUCGAACCUACCGUACAAAUAGUUUCUUCCCUUGGAGCGUUCUGCUCGCGUUGUUGCCGGUUCGAGGGCCUCGAACCGGAGGACUGUCGAUGAUCCUUUUUAUCUCUCGUUUCGUUUCGACUCGAUUCGAUCCGCGGUUUUCCAUUUUAAUUAACGUCCACCCACCCCCGCGUGCGGCCGCGAACGCCCACGAAAUUCGUCGAUGGGCGCGCGCGUGUCGCCGCGUGUUAUCGAUCGGUUGUUACAGAUAAUCUGUCGUUCUUCAUUUUUUUUUUCGUACGGUUUUCAUUUCCAAUGGCUCCGUUUCCGGUUGAUCCGCCACUGGGGGUUUAUCACACGAACACGAUCGUACCAAUCAUGUGCGUGACAUGGCAUGAACAUCAUCGACGAUUUCACUGAUAUUCGACGAUGCAUGAACACGUGUUGUUGUAUAGAGUAUGUUGUUGAGAGGAAUGAUGAAAUAUAGAUGAAGAAGAAGAAGUAAAGAAAAAAAAAAGAAAAAAUGGUCCGAGCUGAUCGACGAUCACUUAAUAAUGAAGGGCGCUAUCUUACUGUGAUGCUGAAUAUAUUAAAAAAGAAAAAAAACAAAUAUAUAACUAUACAAUUAAUAAUCGUAGCAAAUAAAGAAAACGAGAGGGGGAGAGGGGCUCCGCUCGCCGGGCCCGUUUACAAUUAAAUCGAACGAUCACGCUAAACGAGAGAACAGAAGCAUGGAAGAGAGCUAAUGAAUCCGGAGAAUCGGCGACAAAAUCGGGGGGAAAAUAGCAAACGGUCCCGUUAGCCUGUGUCGUUCGCAUAUCAUGACUGGUAAUUAUGAGAUUUCCGUCAAAACACCGGCGACCGAUUCCGACUGAAUCGUCGUCGUCGUGUUUGCUGUCUCACGCUCCCUCUCUCUGUCUCUCUGUCUCUCUCUCCCUUCUCUCCCACUGCCGGUUUAUCUCGGAUAUGCGGCACGGUCAAUUCUGCAGAAAUUGUAUUAUCGCGUUUAUCGAACGAAGGAGACAGACAGAGAGCGAGAGAGAGAGAGAAAGAGAGAGAGGAACGCGCGCCGUCGAACGAGUAUACGUAAUCUUCGCACGAUCUUUCACACACGCACGGAUUUUCCGAACGGUGCAUUCGAGCGAUUCCGCGUUUUCAUUCUUCGAAGCAUCGUUCUCAAACCGAUUACGAUGACAAAAAUCAAUUAGAAUAAAUGGAAUCAAUCGAGAGAGAGAGAGAGAGAGAGAGAAAUAGGGAACGAAUUCGGUAACACUUUCUCGAAACACUCCUCGUUCAGUAUUUUUUCUUUUCCUCCUUUCCUCGACACCGAUCGAAGGAGCGUUUUUUAAAAAAGAAAUAUAAAAAGAAAGAAGAGAAACUACAGGGAUUAUUAUGCAUAAUGAUACUAGUAGGCAUAGUAGAAAGAGAUAUGGUGCAACAGAACAGUAUUUUUGUAUUAGCUAUCGGCGCAGAGAGGUGUAUUCUCUCCGCUAUAUUAAUUAUUAUUCGUAAUAUUCGAGCAUUUAGGGGAUCAAGGUUCGCAGUUGUCCGUUUCAGUCUCACGAUGUCGGUGAUCGUGUGCUCGAAAAAACAGGGGAGAACGGAAAGGCUCAGGCGAGAAGCGCGAACGCGAUUGCGGCGCAGGAACGCGAAGAAAACGAGGAGAGGUCGCGGGGGUGCGUCGUCGCUUCGCGGCAUCGUAAACUCCGCGAGGGGUGGCUUCGCGGCUCCAACGGGCGAUUUCCGCCCUUCGCCCUCGUACACGAUCGUAGACAAAUCGCUCGCGUUUUCUCGCGCUCGGCUUGCUUUUCGGCCGCGCGAUUAAUGCUCGAUUCCCGUCCGAAGAGGGCGUCCGCCAUCUUCGAGACAUCCUUUCCCAUUCUUCUUUCUUUGGAACGCGACGAGACUUCCCUGUCGUUUCAUCGAGAGCACCAGCUCCAGGGACUUAGCAUUCGAAAUUCGAAUCGCCGGCCCGUCCGCCGACGAUCGCAGCUUUUCUUCUUCGCAACAGCGAUCCACGGUCGCUUCCCGUGCCAUAAUAUCUUUGGUCUCCUCUUCGCGGCUUCGCCUUGUGCUCGAACCCCCGUUUUCAGUGUCCGCAACGAACGUCUCUUCCGGUUUCUUUCCGCCGUCCGCUCGUUAAAUCCUUGCUGUUUCAUUAAAGGCGCGCGCGUAAAAGCGAUUCAGUCCGAGGAACUUUUUAGCACGCCGGUGUCGUGCGUUCGAACAUUGGCAGACACUGGCAUUCGAAGAUAGUUUCAAAUAAACAGAUAUUAUACAUUGGUGUCUCCAAUCAGAAACGAAGAUUCCGCCUUGAGGAUUGCUUUUUCGCGAUAUAGUCUCGCUUUUAAUUUCAGAACUGUUUGCUCGACUGAUCGAACAUUCGGUGAUCUCUGUAGAACAAAUUGUUUGCAAUGAACCGCUGCGGUAAAAUUUUCUUCAUACGAGCGAUCCGAACCGGUGCAACCAAAAUGGCUGCCCGGAUGAUCGACGUCGAUCUUCGAGAUCGCAGCGCCGCAGUUCAGACAAGAUUUUCGAGUCACGUUUCCCGGAAAAGUAUCGAGGAGCGUCUCGUUGAUCCGACGAAUUCUCGAGGCUCUGUUCGAAAAGCUUCUAAUCGCGAGACAGCUGCCUCGAGGAAUGAACAGCUCGGCAGAAUUAUUUCCGCUGACGCGAUCGGCGAAGAGGAGUCGCCGGAGACGUUCGCGUUCGUUUUAUUUUGCAAGAUCGCACACGCUGUCUGUUCGCAUCCGAUAACGUAACCUGGGAUCGGUUUCCGGUUCCCCGACGGGAUCCAGGGGGAGGGAGGGGGAUGCUCGCGACAGGAAAGGUGAACGUAAGAGGGUGAAAUCGGUGAACCGAUUCUAGAGAACGGGGUGAGAUCGGGGGAACCGUAACGGAUUGGAACGAAUCUUCGACGAUUUUACUGUUGCACAGGUUCGCCGGUGAUCUUCUCGCCAGUCUCGUUUCCCGUUUGCCGGAUUCGGCUAUGGGAUCGUUUCAAGAAUCGAGAUCUAUCUUCCACAGGGCAUAUUUCAUUAGACGCGUAACGCGAGAGAGAAAGAGAGAGAGAGAGUGAUAGAAAGAAAGAGAGAGAGAGCACGCUACGUUACUAACCGUGAACUUACAUCGAAUCGUAAGAACACGAUACGCUCCUACAAUCGAUAAUUCUAUACCUUUUCAUGUACUUAAAGGACGAGGCCGAACCACCGACAAAAUCGGUCUCGGAAUCUCGCGAUCUCGGCGAUCACUGGACGUCGUCUCCUCGCGGAUCUGCUUCGGGAAACUAGUUGUCCGGAUUUCGGUAGAUCUAACGUACGGCCGCGGAUGUUUGCGCAAAUUUUUAAACGUUUAAACGGAUUUCGAGGGGCUGCUAUUCGAGACUUGUUAACACUUUGACCGCUGCGCUGGUCGAUUAGGAUUGUUACCAUUCUUUUAAACUCGAGUCAAUUUCUAUUACAAUGUAGCAAGUAUUUGUGGUUCUAUUGACUUUCGAGUUAUUGUCUUGUUGACGUAGACUGUACUCUCGCGAGUAGACGGCGGAUUUUUAUGCAGAAUAAACACUGGUAGCAUUGACUGCAAAAUACAGUAGCUGCGUAGAAAUGUAUUUCUUGUCCUUGGCAAUUUUGAUAAGUUGCUUAAUAAGUUAGAAGUAUCUUCGGUUUCUUCGAAGAUUUUUACUGUUUUGCAUUUGAUCUAUUCAUUCUUGCCAUAAAAUGCGCAAAAUCCGCGAUCUAUUAACGAGCAAACGCCGCAGUUUGGUGAUUACAGCAUUCGAUUAUAGCAUUUCAAAACUGUACUAAAUAGCUGUUAAAGUACUGUUAAAGAAAUUCUGUACUAGAAGGCAGAGGGAACGCGCUCAGGAUCGCGAGGGACGAAGCAGAUUGAAGUCUGUACCGUGAAAUAGAUUGUUCUGAUUUUAUGUCUCAUUCGUAAUAGUUUCGUAAAAUCAAAACAAUUUAUCGAUCGAACAAAAAUUGAAUUGUUUCUGACGGACGCGUGCGAUAUGCUCGAAGUGUUAAUAAGUUUUUGAACGAGCUUUGGUGAACCGCUGUUGUUAAUCUUUGGCCAGCGAAAGCACCGGACGAUCCAAAUGCGCAAAGAUCCGCGGUCUACCAAAAAUCCAGCGAUGGCACGGGGGUAGUAGAUUCGCGCAGGGAAAAUAAUAGAUGGUUCGGAGGAAGAUAAUAAGGGCGACUAUAAAUAAUAAAAUAAUAAGGAACGCCAGGGAUCGUACGAGCUUCGUAUACGGGACGGAGUGUUUGCGGCGUUGUUCAGCGGCCAUGCGGGACAACGAGGUGCGAGACGAUGAUCGAGAGAUAAUCGUGACGAUGAUGACGACGAUGACGAUCGAUGAUCGUUGGUCGCUCCUCGCUGUCGUGGGCGGUGUGUGGUAUUGUGUGAGAGCGGUUCCAGGUUUUUCCGUUCAGACGGGUAUUCCGAUAUACAUAAUUCAUAUACAUAUAACAUAUACAUAUAUAUUAAAAAACAAAUAUAUAUAUAUAUAUAUAUAUAUAUAUAUAUAUAUAUAUUUGUCAAUGUAUCUAUCCGUUCGCACGACCGCGCGCGCGCGCACGGACGGAUACAUGAACACAGAAUCUGUUACGCGCUAUUUAAAAAGCGGAUUAUCGUAAAGAAAUAAACAAACGAAAAAAAAAUAACUAAUAAAAAGAAGAAGAAGAAACUUUCUUUCGUAGUCUAACAUUGAUCGAGUACACUGUAUUGCUCACCUCGACGUUCUGACAUGAUACACGAAUUCGCGUUUCCGUUGGUCUCGGACAAUGAGAGAUGAACAAAACGAAAAGAAGAAGGAAAAAAAAAGAAAAAAAACGAUGUAUAAUCACAGCUAUUGUUAAUCGACACACACGCAGCGGCGAGUCUUUGGACGUCAUGGAAAUGUCUUGUUUUCUUUCCUGUGGAUUAUAAUAAACUAUUUUAUUCUA